AUGUCCCAGCAACAGGUACCUACAGACAAUAGAACAGUUAGUCAAACAAUAACUACGACAGCUCCUCCCGUUCUAAGGUUGGAAGCAGGACAGCAAGACCGACCAAGAGUCACCUGGGAUGAAAGUGUAAUUGAUAAUGAAAAUUUAAAUCGAAAGAAAACCAAAAUAUGUUGUAUUUACCAUCCUACUGAUGAAGAUGGAAAUCAUGAAUGUGACUCCGAUAGCGACUCGUCAAGUGAUUCAUCUGGUGACGAGGCAGACAAACCAAAUAACAAGAAGCUGGAAAAGAAGAAUGAUCAGAAUAAGAAAUCAAAGCCAAAUGCCUAUGAAGUGCAGCCAAAUUAUACAAAUCGAUCACAUGUUCCACGGAAUACAUAG